AUGGACCGUAAUUUGCUUUUGCUUUGCAUCAUCUUAACAUACAGGACAUCAGAAUGUUGGAGCCACUCUCCCAUUGCUUUAAACACUAACAUUAAUGUUGACCUUGUCUGCGUGAGGGAGACACACGGCACCCACUGGAUCCCUUCCUACUUCCGCAGAAACUUCAAGACUCGAAAUUGGUGCGGCAACUGGCCCCAGUACUUCGACCUCCUAAACGCAAGUGCGGUCUACAAUCAAGAAACGUUGGUCGUGUUGCCGAGUUACAUUCUGAAGCGAGGCAUUCUGCGUUUGAUCACUUCGAAGAUUUAUACCUUUCCUCUGACCACGUGGAUCAUUAUCGCCAAUCACCGGAAUCCUCUCGAGGACGCGGCAUCAUCCCAUGAACUUUUCUGCAGAGCCGUCGUCGUCUGGCAACAUACCGCCUCCAUCGCUAAAGAUCGCUUUUGGAACUGCAAGUCACGGCGCACAGUUGGCAAAAGGAAACUUCUGGGGGACCUUUUGCUAAAAAUGAAGCGAUCUUCCAAAUGGACUAGAUUAUCCCCGAGGACACUGAAGGUAGGAUGCCCGUCUGACGGUGGACCGAACGCCACGUGUAGGUAUGAUUCCCUGACUGUCGUCAGGAGUACUCUGCAGGUCUUGAACAUCAGCUACGAGAUGGUCAAAGUCGGAGAUCACAACUGGAUGUAUAACCUUUUGUGGAAGCGUAUCGACGUCUUGGACGCGAACAUUAUCUUCUCGGAGUACCGCCGAUCUCACAUCUUCUAUCCUGCCUUCCUGUUCGACGAUCAGGCGGUGUACUACGUCGGAGGAAAGGCCACCUGGAAGAACGGCAUGCUUCUGAAUUCCUCUCUCGCCGAGUUUCUAGCUGCACUCUUGGCCGCCGCGGUCAUGUGCCUCGCGUGCUUUUGCUUCAUCAACUAUCUCGACCGUAGGCCCCUACGAUCUGACAUCGGAGCCACCGGUAUGGUUCUCGUGGCAUCAGUGCUCUCCUUCCCUUACCCCGUUCCAACUUCCUUUGAGAGAUCAAAUUUCGGUCGCACUGUCCUCUUUUACUGGAUACUGGGUGGCACGUCGUUAGCGAUAUUCUUUCAGAGCCUCUUGACGUCGAGCGCUAGCCACGGCGUCUUCUGGGAAGCGGACGACACGCAAGAAAAGUUGGUCCCGAAUCUUGUGGCUGGAACUGUGUCGGUGUGCGUGCAACGGCCCUUCAUCCACGCGUCCCUGCUCGAGCAGAGAGUGAACAACUCGGACUUCCUGGGACACAUGGCAAGGGCCUUCAGGCGCAACCCGACCAUUGUGGCAACCGCCGAUGAAUGCCUCGACCGCGCGGUAAGAAGGACCCACGUGUUUUUCACGCACGUACGCUGGCCCAGUGAGCUACAGAAGUACGGGAGGAAGAUCGUUCGCGGAAAAGAGACCAUGGUGCCCUCGUUCGGCAGCACUCCCGUCAGGAAGGACUUCCCGCUGAGGCACGAGUUCGCAGCGGUGUAUCGAAGGCUUGAUGAGACCGGGCUCAGGUCGUCCCAAACAAAAGAUGGGGGAUGGAAGCGGUCCACAGCCGAAGAGUCGGCGGUUCCUUUGGAUGUGCGUCGAUUCAUCAUCUUGUACCUGGCCGGGUGCAUCGCUGCGACAAUGGUUUUCGCGCUUGAGUGGUUGACGUCGCUGACCUACUUUUGA